AUGCAGUAUAUAAAACUAAUGAUAGAUAUUGUUUCAGGUGAAAGCAACGCCCUCGGAAUGUCACCAGUCUUAGCUUCAAUAGCUGCCUCAUCAGCUCUACUGGCUGCAGCUGUCUGUGGGGUUCUGGCUGUACUCUAUAAGAAGCAUAGCAACAGGCAACGGCGUCUUCCCGCCAAACAUGCCCCAUUGAGUGAAUCAAUGUACGUCGAACGAACACCGAACUGUCCGACUCCGGUGAAGCAGGACGUGGAGUCCCGCGCCAGCAGUACGGAGCCCCGAGACCAGAGGUCGGAGCGAGGGGCCAGAGGGGCUUUACUGCACACAUCUGAUCCCAUGGCUGACGACGCUGAUCCCGAUAUAAUUCCUUGUUUAUACGAGAGGAGACCAGUGUCCAACGGGUACAUGAGCCUCCAGAGACCUCCGUCCAGUACCAAGAUCGCCAAGAUGAGCGGUGACGACAUUCGUUCAGAGCCCGACGGCGGCGCCUACUACAACGAUUAUAGGAAAAAGGAUUACAAAAUACCUUUAACUAGCUCGUACCACAGUCUAGGGAGAGCCAACAAGGGCGUCACGGCGUGCAGCCCUGGUUCCGCGACGGGCGUGACGUCAUCACUGACGCAACAUCGACUGCGGCCGGAAGUCGUCACCACCUCGCAUCGAGUGCAAGAGAGCUGUAUAUAA